GUUUGGGGUCUCAGGUAAAAAAAAAAAAAGAAAAAAAAAAAAAAGAAAAAACCCGAGAGAUGCUGCGGUCGCUUUGAAAACAAACCGCUGCAGACAUUUAAAAAGAGGGAAAGAACCAGCAGUGGCCAGAUGCAGGCAUCUGGUGAAAGAAUGAAUGCUGAUGACUGCAAUGGCUGCUCUCAUGCAUCAGGCAAUGGUCAAGAGUCAUUGACAGAGCAGCACUUUUUCAGCCCAAGCAGUCAACAGGCCUUGACUUGUUGCUCCUUUGCGGCCAACUCCAUCAAGGUGGAACUGUGCAGUGGAGAUAAAUCACCGCAGCCACACAAAAGAGGGGUUUUGGGCGAUAGAGAAAGCGGGGAUGACAGAUUAGAGCGAAUAGAAGAAGGGAGUUUAGAGCAUGCUGGGCUUGAACAAAGGAAUAUUUACGGUGAGUUGGCCACUUCCAAAGCUGCUUCGCCCGGAUCCAUCCGACUUCCGAACGGAAAGCUCCAAUGUGAUGUAUGUGGAAUCAUCUGCAUCGGACCUAAUGUGCUGAUGGUGCACAAGCGAAGCCAUACAGGUAAUGACACCCUGUGGACAUGCAGCGCAUAUGAAAUCAAAAGGGCAUUGCGUUUGAAGGCUUUUUAUCCCACAAUGUCUCUGUUGUUAGGUGAGAGGCCUUUUCACUGUAAUCAGUGUGGAGCGUCCUUCACCCAAAAGGGCAACUUGUUACGCCACAUCAAGUUGCAUUCUGGAGAGAAACCUUUCAAAUGCCCCAUUUGUAACUAUGCUUGCCGGAGGAGGGACGCCCUAGCUGGACACCUACGGACACAUGCAGAUACUUCACCACUGGGCGGCAAGCCUUUCAAGUGCAUCUAUUGUAGUCGGAGCUACAAACAACAGAGCACACUGGAGGAUCAUUUUGACCGAUGCCACAGUUUUCCCAAGAGACAGGACCAGGAGGCAGCAGUCAACUCAAAGACAGUUCAGCAGGAUGAUCAGUCUGUAAAAAUGGAGACAAUGGGUAAACCAACGCUGGACAACCCAAACGAGAAACCGCGGUUUGCGGAUAGAUUAGCUGGUAGCAUUACCAAGCGCAAGAGGUCAACGCCACAGAAGUUUCUGGCAGACAAGCAGAUCCAUCUUGAGCUCCUUGAAGUCCCUUGUGAUUUGUCCUCUGGUUCUGAGAGAGAAGGGGAGCAUCUGAAGCCUCAGCCAGUUGGUGACGCCACUGGUUUGAGUGGGAAAAACGUGCAAGACUCCAGCGGCAAACGUGGAAACGAUCUUCUCCAUCCUGCCUUCUCGUCUGAGCUGCACACCAUUAUGGACUCUACAAACAGUAAUGUGAUUCCUCAAGGAGCCCCGGGUGGAGUCUCAAUGGUGACUCUUGGCCUAUCUGGUCAAGAAGUGGGUGAAGGAGGUGAAGUUCACCCUUCAGUUCAUAGCCACACAACCUCACCCAACGGAUGUCCUGACUCCACAGACACCGAGAGCACAGCGGAAGACCUCAGCACAAGGGCUGCAGUCCACACACGUACCUCCAAAAACAACCAGCACCUCCACUACCAAACCCUAGCGCUGCCCCAGAGCCUUUCCACCGCCAGUCUCAGCCAGGCCAAAGAGACGGACCCAGAGUGGGACAGUCCUUCACCCCCGACUCCAGUGAAGGGGAUUACCGGCUCACCGCUCCUCGCCAGGGAGAAAGUGCAGGUGUUGGACAGGGACGGCCAGCCCAUGCGCUAUUUUCACUGCCGCCACUGCCGCGUCCUCUUCCUGGAUCACGUCAUGUUCACCAUUCACAUGGGCUGUCAUGGCUUCCACCAGCCCUUUGAGUGCAACAUCUGUGGCCACCGCAGCCUGGACCGCUACGAGUUUUCCUCGCACAUGAGUCGGGGAGAGCACCUGCUGGACUAAGAAGAGCGAGCAGGGGUGGGGGCGGGGAGGAGUUGCUGGAAGCUCAUGUUUGCUCUGCACCAGAUCAUGCUUUAAAUCCCCAGUGUAAAAGUAAGAAUUUGAUAUCUUAUUCUUAUCUAUUCAACUGAAGCAGAAGUGGGUGAAGAAUCUUUCGAGGUUUAUGGUGGCAAAUUACGUGAUACAAUUGAUUGCACUCUCUUAUUGAAUCAUGUGGCAAAAUGUGAUUUUGCUUCAAAAGUGCCUUCUUGGGGGAUUUUCUCCAAACUAAAAAAAAAAAAAUGAAGGGAAACAGGUGCUGAGAAAUCUUGACUAGCCAUCUUGCCCUUGAUCUAAGUUGCUCAAUGAAAUGGCCUGUUGUGCACAGGGAGAAGAGAAGGAACCGUGUUUACAUUUGAAGAAUUGUGUUCGCUGUGCCUAGUACUCACUGAGGGCCAUAUUCUCCUGUAUGCUUAUGCGAGAAAAAGCAUUUACGCAGCCUUGCGCCAGGUACACACUCUAGGUGGCGCAAUCCAAAAAGUCGGCAUUCUCUCAUUUCGACCUGCAUGCAGCAUGACGCACUUUCCCUGUGGACUUGAGCUUUUUUCAUCUUCCCCACUUUAGAGGCUGCAGUAAGUCUAGCGCCCUGUGAUGGACAAAUAUCAUAUUGCACAUUUUCAGUCAAUUAACUGAUGUCGACGGGGUGUUGACGAUUGAAUCGAUCUGACAGUUGGGACACAUCUGGCCCACAAUGCUCACACGGUCCUUCAAAGGGUCGCACGUCAGACGAGCAGUGCCCACGUGUCACUGGCGACGGCACAUCCACCACGUUAAGUGAUUAGAAGUUGAGUUACUACGAAGUUAAUUCCAAAUUUAAAUUUUUCAAAAAGAUUUCCAGGUCUCAGGAAAACUCCAGACUCCAUCCUUCAUGGCCAGGCUGUGACUUUAUUGGGUUGUUUACAGUGUUCUAUUCUAGUUGCGAUAUUGUCUAAAUUGUGCAUAUUUUUCAUUUGGUUAACAGGGUAUUGUAUGGUGUUUUCCCAAAUGCUUUACAGAUAAUAAGAAACCAUUGUAUAGAUUUCAAAACAAAACGUUUUUAAUAAGGUACGCAUUUAUAUUUUAGCGUGUUUUGUAGUCAGUUCAUUAUUUGUGUCAAGAGCAAAUAUGUGGUGAAUAGGAAGGUUUAGGAAAGACCCAAGAUAAAAUGAUGCAGUCAUUCAAAAUGAAGUCAUUAACGUAACGUAAGGUAAGGUAAUUAGGUAUUUUACUUUGAGAAAGUAAUUGUGAAUGGAAUCAACCACAAUUCCAAAAUAAUUUUUCCACCACUGGUCACGCCUCGGGGUGGUUUAUGUACUAAUUUCCCUGUUAUGCACAGUAGCAGGGCCAGACGUCUUGAUGGGAUAAUACGCAAGCCAGACACAGUAAAAAAAAAAAAAAGACUUUGCACAAAUGGGAGAAUAUGGCCCGAAGAUCUUAGUUUAGUGGUGCAGCAAGGCGUUUGGUGAAGUGUGUCAGGGAAGCUUCAUAUGCACUGAAAGUGUUUUGCCUCUGGGAUUAGGGGAGGGGGAAUAAAAAGCUAAAGAGGACUGCCUUAAAUACAACUUGUUUACUGUGUGUGAAGUCAGAAACUGGGUCUGGGUUCUGUGAAACAGUGAUCAAUUGCAAAAGCACAGUAGGAUUUUAGGAUUACGUAGGACUUUGGAUCUUAAAGUGGACCUUGGAAUACUGGUGCAGAUCAGACCAUGAGCCAUGAGGUUUAAAAUGAAGACCCUGACCAAGAGAGGCCGGGGGGCUUCUACAUUGACAUUAGCGGCCCUGCUUGUACAGUAUAUGACGAGUCUUUGCCCAAGCACUUGACGGCUUCACUUUGUUGUGCUCGUUCUCCUGCACUGAAAUAACUGCUGAAUCCUCACAACGACGGUCAUGUAAUUUGUAACAGAUGGCCUUUCUCAGAUUCCCACCGUGUUGCACUAGUUAUCACACUCGAGUUUGCUGCUGUGUGCGACUGAGAAUCCAAAAUCAUUUCAACUGAAUUCCUUACGUUAAGGCACCUGAAGCUGAGUGGCUGGAGAUGUUUAAUGGGCAAAUUUGGGUUAUGUUGACGUUCACUCGUCGUCCAUUUAGUGUUGCUUGUUUCAGCCUUGGUGUAUUUAAUCAGCUAUAUUCCAAAUCUUAUCCAGCAUAUUCCUCAAACGGACAAGAUAUGUUACCUCCUGCUUCUUUCUAGCACCCAAAUACCUUAUCGCUACAGUACAGUGACUUUUUUUGUUCAUGUUGAUUUUGGGAACACGAAUGAGACCAAACUCAGUAUUCUUGGCUUGUUAUUGUUGGUUUGCUGCUUUAAUAGUUGAACUUCCUUUUUAUUGCAGUGGACUUGAGAUGCUUGGACAAAAAAAAAAAAAAAAAAGAAAGAAAGAAAAAGAAGCUAAAGCUCCACUUGGUUUGUGAAACGGAGGGAAAAAAAGUGUGUGAAUGGAACGCAGCAUGUGUAACUGUUAGCUGUCAGCUUUCACCUGAAUUGUGAACUAUUUUUACAAAUGUGAAGUUAAGUGAAAAACGAGGCCUUGCGCCUCGCUGUGUGGACUUUGUUGUUGUUUAAUGAUAUUUUGUGUGUUGUUACAUGACGAAAACACUUUACCUCAAAGUUCAACAUGUUCAACUGCCUCAUCACUUCAAAAGAUCCUGCUGCUUUCCAAGAUGUUUCUGCAGUUACAAAUGUG